UUAACACAGCACGAGGCUCAGGCCAGAACCGGACUGGGAACUCACGGGCCAACAGACCCCACCACAAAACCCACGGUGAAUCUCCUGGAGUUUUUGGGUGUCCUCCAGACUGACGGGACACAUGGACGGACUCUGAUCCAGGACCAGCUGGAGGUAAAAUAAACACAGUAUGUUUGGAGACUGCUGCACACCACUGAUGGAGGUACAGUUCACACUGUUACCAUGGAAACGAUGCAUCCACCUGACUCUGCUGCUGGUUCAGCUGAGUUUACCUGAAGUUGGAGCUUCCUGUCGGAUCCUGAGGUGCAACUCUGAGUUUGUUGCUGCGACUGUUCACCUGAGCAGCAGCAGCAGCAGUGCAGCAGCUCUCAGCAGUAAGGUAGUGAACUCUGCAUACUGCAGCGCCCUACGUUCCUACGGCAGAUGCACCAAGAGGAUGGCGCGGCCGUGUCGAGGAGACCUCGCCUACCACUCUGCAGUCCAGGGUAUCGAGGACCUGUUGAUCCAGCACCACUGCCCCAGGGUGGGGCCCACAGCCCAGCCAUGGCCCUUGCCACAGGGCACAAUGUCCGAAGACACCUGCCUCUAUGAGAGGAACCAAGUCAGCAGAGAGGGACAGAUGCCAGAGUACCUGUACUGCAGUGUGUUUGGAGACCCGCACAUUCGAACAUUCAACAAUGACUUCCACACCUGUGCUGUACAGGGGGCGUGGCCUCUCAUAGACAAUGACUACCUGUAUGUCCAGGUCACCAGUACGCCAGCCAAGGGUGGGAUGUACCCCACAGUUGUUACCAAGAUCACCAUCAUCUUGAAGAGCUGGCGUCAGUGUGCUGACCAGCAGCAGUACCAGGCGGAGCUGGAUAAUGUUCCUGCUGCGUUCGCUGACGGCUCGGUGUGGAGUGGCGAGCGCAGAGGUCACCGUGUCCUCAUGGUGCGGACCGAGAGUCCCGGCCAACACGCCGAGAUCCGGGCGGCUCACAUUGGAACCCUGAUGGUGGUGCGUCAGAGUGGGCGUUCACUCAGCUUGUCGAUCCGCUCGCCCCGUGGCAUCAUUGAGGCCUUUGACCCGGAUCAUGACCUGCAGCUCUGCAUGUGGGGCUGCCCUGCCUCCCAGAGGAUAAACACACUCAGCCCCCCGGCACUGAACUCUUUGGCUGAAGCCGCCAUCAGAGCAGAGGCUCACUGUUCUGCUCUGCUUCCUACUCAAGACGUCUACUUUCACGCAUGCGUUUUCGACCUGAUCACCAGCGGAGACCUGAACUCCAGUACAGCUGCUGUCAACGCGCUGCAGGACGCCCGAAACAUGAUCAGCAACGGACAGGGCAUCCACCUGAUUCCUGUCGCUGCUGCAGGACGAGCGCGACUGCAACUCCUGCUGCUGCUGCUCAGCAUUCUGGGAAUUCUGGGCGGGGCCUGAUUGGACCUGGAUCUUUCAUCAAACAUAACCUGCAGCUAAGCUCAGACAGAUAUGACCAUCCUCUCUGAUCAUCAAGCCGUCAUUUAUCUUCUCAGUUACAGUUUUGAUCCAGUCGAGGUAAAAAUGAUCCAGUUUUCCAGCUGUCAGUGAAACAUCCCCAGAGUCCUGAUCUGUGGAGCUUUCACCCCUUCAAAAACUGCAGAAGGACAGUUCUUCUCAACCCUGGCUCAGCUGCUGCACAUUAAACUGAUUUUCAAGACAGUUUAGAGGGUUUUUCUUUAAUGAACAGUCCUGAAAACAAUACAUGUAUUUCUGUUGCAUCUGUGAAACGUCACAUUAGUCUGAGUCCCUCAUGCAGGACAUCAUCACUUAUGUCUGCAUUGAGAAAAGAAAGCAGCUACAAAAAAUCUGUCCAGUUGUGGUUCUGAGUUCUGCUGCUGCUCCAGUCAAACACCGAGCUCUCCAACAGUCGCCUCAAGCAGAACUUUAAGGAAAACUGUGAAGCUGCUGCUGAUCAAGAUCAAAUGCUGUAAAUUAAUUUGGAUCAAAAAGGAGAUUUUCUUAUUAAACAUUUAAAUGUUGGAGUGAAAGAUGUAACUUAGCAUCUAAUCUCAAAACAAACAUGAAAAUAAUCUAAAAUAUGAUUGAAAACAAAUGACUUCCUUUGCUAGGUUAUGUUUGGUCCAUGAGAAAAAUCACUUAAUGCUACCUGUAGAAACUGCAAAGUGGAAAAGCUGUAUGUGAAAUAUAAAAUGUUAAAAAAUCA